AUGAGUGUGGUGACGGGGGCGCUGGGAAGCCUCGCCCCCAAGCUUCUUCAGCUGCUCCAAGGUGAGUACAAGCUCCAGAAGGGUGUGAGGAAGCAAGUGCAGUCGCUCUCCCGCGAGCUGGACAGCAUCUACGCUUUCCUCCACAAGGUCUCAGAUGUGCCAUGGGACCGGCUCGACGAGCAGGUCAAGUUGUGGGCGUGCGAGGUCAGGGAGGCAUCCUACGACAUGGAGGAUGUCCUAGACACCUUCCUCGUUUGCGUCGACGGCGGAAAGAACAACUCCGACUCCAGCAGCCUCAUGACGAAGCUGGGUGAGCUGUUCAGCAAGGCCAAGGCUCGCCAUUGUAUUGCAGCAAAGAUCAUGGACAUAACAAAGCGUCUCGAGGAGGUGGCCAACAAUCGUCAGAAGUACAAGCUUGAUGAGAUUAUGUGCAAGCCACUCGCAGGAACGUCAACUAUUGAUCCCCGCCUUAAAGCUAUGUACAAAGAAGUGACACAACUUAUUGGCGUCGACAAGUCAAGCGACGAGCUCAUAUCCUUGCUGAAUCAAUCCCAACAGGAUCAUGAUGCCUCCAAUAAGAAGAUGAAGACGGUUUCAGUUGUGGGAGUUGGAGGAUUGGGUAAAACCACUCUUGCCAAAGCGGUGUAUGACAAGCUUAAGUCGCAGUACGACUGCGGGGCAUUCGUUUCAAUCGGUCGGGAUCAUGACUUGGUAAAAGUUUUCAAGGAUAUUCUCUUUCAUCUUGACAGUGAAAACCAUAAGGACAUUCACAACACUGAGAGAGGCGUCGAGCUCCUCAUUCACCAACUCCGAGAAUUCCUGAAGAAAAAGAGGUAUUUUAUUGUUAUUGAUGAUGUAUGGGAGGUACGCACCUGGGAAGCAAUCGAACUAGCACUUGUUGAGAAUAAUCAUGGAAGUAAAGUAAUCACAACUACUCGAAAUGUUGAAGUUGCCAACGCAUCUGGUGAGGUUUACAAGCUGAAACAACUUUCCUAUGAUGACUCCAUGAAAUUAUUUUAUACAAGGUUAUCUACAGCAGACCGAAAGUUCCUUGAUAACCAUCCAGAUGACAUUUCUGAGAAAAUUCUAAAGAAAUGUGCUGGUAUACCAUUAGCAAUCAUCACAAUGGCUAGUUUGUUGGCUGGUAAACCAGAAUGCGAAUGGUCAAUGGUCUACAACUCUAUUGGUUUUCAUACUACAGAUAACAGGGAAGCUGAAGAUACUAUGACAAUACUUUCAUUUAGCUACUAUGAUUUGCCUCCACAUUUGAGGACAUGCUUACUAUAUCUAAGUACAUAUCCAGAAGAUUAUGAGAUCGAAAAGGAUUCUUUGAUAUGGAAGUGGAUAGCUGAAGGAUUUAUUGAUGGGAAACAGGGAACAAGAUUAUUUGAGCUUGGAGAAAGAUACUUCAAUGAUCUCAUUAAUAGAAGCUUGAUCCAACCAGUGGAGAAUUGGUGGAAUGGCAGAGUAGAAAGAUGUCGUGUUCAUGAUAUGGUUCUUGAUCUGAUGCGUAAGCUUUCAUCUGAUGAAACCUUUAUUACUAUAUUAGGUGAUAAUGUUGAAGAAACACCUGCACCAAGCAAUGUCCGUCGGUUAGCCAACCAAAACAGAAUAGCCGAGCACAUAAAUUCUGAAACAAUGGUUACUGGGAUGCCAAAAGUGAGGUCAUAUACCGCAUUCAACUGCUUUAUUGAUAGCCGGGACCAGUUUUUGAGAUUUAAGCUUUUGCGGGUGCUGGACAUAGUAGACUGCAGCUUUGAGAAAGGUUGCCACCUUGAGCAUCUUGGUGAUUUACUUCACUUGAGGUACCUUAGGAUAAGAUUGAACGGUAGUUCCUUUGAGCUCCCCAUGCAAAUAGGGAAUCUAAAGUUACUGCAAACACUCGAUGUGCGGCAAAAAUUUCCGCAAACACUCGAUGUGCAGGGAACAUUGCCAGCAAGCAUUGUGCACCUAACGGAGCUGGUCCGGCUAUGUGCUGACAAAAAGGUACCGGAUGGGAUUGGGAAGCUGGUUUCCCUGGAGGAGCUAAUAAUAUUAGAUGGUUUCAUUGAUAAGCCCAAGAGAUUUUUCAAGGAGCUUGCCAGCCUGCGAGAACUGAGGGUGCUUCAAUUUUGCACUGAUGAUGGGCUGGACGAGAGCAUGCUGGGAGAUUUCAUGGAGUCUCUAAGCAAUCUGCAAAAGAUCCAGCAUAUAGAUGUGGAGUGUUUAGCUUGGUACGCAGAUACAGCCAUGUGGGAAGCAGCCGGCUUUGUGCUCCCACGAUCUCUCCAUUAUUUGGGAUGGCGUUUAAUUAUAUUUUCCAAAUUGCCGUCAUGCAUUAAUUCCACAUGUCUUCCCAACCUGGCCUACUUGAAGCUGUAUGUGAUUACUAUGGAUGAGCAGGAUCUGAAACUCCUUGCUAGGUUACCGGCGCUGUGUUCUCUCUACCUGAAAACAGAGUCCACGGUAACAGCAAGCAAUAUUAACUCCAGUGAUCGCAGCUUCUUCCAGAAGUUGACGCACUUCCAGACCGAUCAAAUGGUCCAGUUUGAGCAGCCCGACAAGGAGGACACUAGCGUUUCAUUGCAUAUGUGGAAUGGAAAGGAUGCUAUGCCCUUUGCCUCUAGAAAAAGCAAUGACUCCAGAAAAGUUGUACCCUCUGGCGUGAUGCCAAAUCUUGAAAUGCUUUGUUUUGGUGUCUGUUUGUGGACCCUAAAAGGUAACUACAGUGACUACUGUGGGAAUAUUGGCUUGGAGUACCUGCCUUCCCUUCGGGAACUCAGAGGAUGUAUAAACCGUGAUGUGACUGUUACGGACAGCGAUGCUGCGUUUGCUGCACUGACAGACGCAUGCAACGUGCAUCCUAACCAUCCCACGUUUGAUAUGCAUGAAUGUUAUUAUGGUACGCUGAGAAUUUUGUAG